AUGGAACAACAACUCUUUUUCACAACCAUCUUCAUCCUCACCGGAAUAACAGCAACUGCCGACGACCUCACAACUUCACUAUGCAACACCUGCACCCCCAUAUGUUCAUCUCCACCGUCCACCACCACCCCAACACUAUCUUCACCUGCCGUCACACUCAAACCACCACAAUCUCCUUCUUCUCCACCUGCCACCGUGUCAAAGCCACCGCCAUCUCCAACUCCGGCCCACCACACUCCACCUCCACCCCGGUUUUACUACUUUGACUCGCCGGAAUCUUUGGCUCCGCCGGCGGUGACAUCAUAUCCACCGCCGGCUUACAUCACAUUGGGGGGUGGUGGUGGUGGUGGCGGCCCACCGUCUCCGAGGCUUGUGUAUUUUCCAGCGACACCGGCAGGGGCGGGUGCUUCUUGUUGUUCUCAUGUAGAGGUUUUGUGGGUUUUAAUGUUGUUGGUUUGUUUGUCUUACAUGGGAAAAGAGGAUUAA